GAACAAUAUUUAAAACAUUUCCUGAUUUUAGGCCUUCGUUCGCCUAUUAUUUUGCUUUGCCUAGACUCUUAACACGAAGAGGUAGAAUAGUAUGCUUAGAGUAAUUUGUCCACAUUUUUGUACGGUUUUCUGCUUAACUGUCUUAUUCAAGUGUCUCGCAGGAAAUCACGAACGUCCUAACAGAACAUAACGUUACAACUUGCAUCAUCACAUUCCUUAGCCUGGGUUGAAGAGAAUUACAGCAAACCCCACUUGGUGAUGCUUCCGGCCGAUGCUUGAAGCCGACUUUCUUCGGGUAUUUUCGUACCAAAAGGCUUGCGGCGCUCGUUCGCUUUCGGGUAUGUCUGACAGUGGGCGGGGAAAGGCGGAAACGAAGUAGUUGCGAUUCUUCUACCCGUUCAAGCUUUUAUAGGUGAUAAAUAAUGUCGGUGUCGCCUGUAAGUGCUAGUUCUACAGCUGUUUCCUCCGGUGCUUCUAGGACGGAGGAGCCAGACACCGGGCAAGCACUCAGGAUUCCUGCUGCAGAGGGAAACAUGGUGCAGAACAGCUCUGAAGGUGUAGCAGAACUAGCUGAAUUAUCCAUAUCAGAGAUUUCCAAGCAAAAGGAGGACCAAAGACCGCAGAGUUUUCCACUUCUUAAUGUGUCUUCUGCUGGGAAUUCUGGGAGUGAUGAUGGCAUUCUUAGAGAUCGAAAACUGAAUAGACAGAGUGACCAGCCUUCAUCACCUCAGCAGAUUAAGACAACUGCCAGUGCUCCACUUCCAGUCCAAAAUGUUUCUAGUGAUUCUGUAGCAUUACAGUCUGAUAAUGGUGGGACAUCAGUGCUGUCUGUUGAAGCAUUACCCAGCAUUCUAGAUAAUGGGCCCCAAGUUCAUAUCCCUGCCUUCACACCUCCAUCUACCUGGACUUCUCCAAAGAUUGCAGAAUUUAAAUCCAAGAUGAAGCAAGAGAAAAAUGCAGUGACAACUGUGAGCCGUGGGGAUGUUUUGACCAUGCGGGUUCCCACCCAUCCUGAUGGCAAGCGUCUUUGCUGGGAGUUUGCAACUGAUGGGUAUGACAUUGGCUUUGGGAUAUAUUUUGAUUGGAUUCCUGUCACCAGCACUGCCAUCACUUUCCACAUCAGUGAGUCAAGUGAUGAGGAAGACGAGGAGGACAUUGAAGGUCCACAGCCACCAGGUGACGUGGAACGGGGGUCGAAGCACAGCCCACGUUCUCAGUAUAGUGAGAUUUUGCCAGUGUAUCGGAAGGACAGCCAUGUGGAAGUGCAGGCCGGGAGUCAUGAGUACCCUGGAGAGGGAGUGUACCUUCUGAAAUUUGACAAUUCAUACUCCCUUUUGAGAAACAAGAAACUGUAUUACCAUGUGUACUACACAGCUUGAAGGCAGAACAUGUGGCUUUGCUCUGUGUCACACACAGGCUGAAUGUGUUACAAUGAGUAACUGAAGCAUAAAGGAAAGCCAGUCCAAACUCCAUAUGGCCACUGUAGGGGAUCAGCAGUGUAUAGCACAGGUGGUACUUUGUGGCCUGCCACAGAAUGUAGAUCUUUAAAGAAAUUUAUCACUGAAUCGUUAUUUGAAAUAUUUAUAUAGUAGUCAUGUAACAUUUUAUCAUGCUGAGAAAAUUAUUAUAAUUUCUCCUUAUUAUUCAUGUUAAAAACAGUCUUGUAUACUUUUUGGUCAGAGCUUAUUUUAUGUAUGAUUAUUGGUGUCUGAAGCAUUUACUUGAAUGAAGACGUGUUGGCCAGCAGUGGCUAGAAGUGAUUAAAGAAGUAGGCUACCCAGCUAAAAAUGAUUGUUGCAAAUUACUUUUAUUGUAUCUUGGUAAAACAGAUUAUUUUGUCUCGUCAUAAGUAUGCAAGUGAUUCAACAAUGUUUGUCACACUGAAUGUGAAUUGUGGUACUUUAGUGCAGGGGAUUAAUGUUAUGAGUUGCUAACUAGCUUCAUCCUUUUAUCAUGGGUUUGAUUCCUUCAUUGUACAUUUAGCAUUUGAUUCAGCAAGUCACCUAACCAGAUAGCGCCCUGGGUCUCCUGUAACGAGAUUCUUGUGCCUAGUGGGUUUAUUUGGUUAGCCUUAAAAACUGAACUUCUUUAUUUGAAAGAUAGUUUGUCAUACCUUGUUUUACUUUUUCUUAUUCAUCUGCUUAUUUUGUUAGUGAAGCUGUUUAGGUAAAUGGGAUAUUUUCUUAAUGUAAGUGCAAUUCAUGCUGAUGUCUAAAUAUGAAAAGAGUGCAAUUUAUUAAAGUGAUUUUCAGUGAGAGCAGUUCUCUAAAAGGAACAUAAACUUUGUUACAAGUUUGCUUCCAUCUGUAUAGCACUGGUGAGCUGAACCCCAAAAUUCCGUGUACCAAAGUGAGCUGCUCCAAGCCUUCUGCAUCUUAGGAUGAAUGCAGAGCUAACUGCAGCCACUGUCAUUUUACUUGAAUUACUUCUACUGGGGAGCUGUUUUAGUUGAUACGCCAGCUUAACGGUCUGUUCCAUCUUCUGCAAAAAUCCUCAUGUUUUAUUAUGUUUGGUGCCAUUUUCACGUGAUAGGCCUAUGACAGCAGUGAAUUGUGUUAUGAAAAUGUCCUGUAUUACAGAUUUUAUAAAUGUAGAUGAAGUAAAAAUGAAUAAGUAAUUUGUAGAUGAGUCAGCACCAGUUAUUGGUGCCUGUAGAUAAAUCUAAUGCCUUAUGAUGGGAAUUAUUUAUGAGCUGGAAGUGAUCCAUGUCCCUUCUCCUUUUUUGCCUUUCCCUUAUUUCAGGUAUAACAUUAAACUGCUGAGACAUACAAACAGGAUUCAAAGGAACUUUCAUCUUUUUUUUUUUUUUUUUCAGAUUGUAGGUGUAAGGAGCAGAUCUUUUUUUCAUUUAAUUUCAUGUGCACAUUGCAACAUGCUUAUCAGUAACAGAAUGUUAUUCCACACAUGCUUCCGAAGAGCAUGUAAACGUGUGUAAACCUUUGUGGAAAAAAUCAAACUUCUGUCUUAUUACAAAGUCUUUUUUUGAUUUAAACAAAUGCAUCAUUUUCACAUUUGAUUAUGAUCUGUCCUCUAAAGUCCAACAACGUUUUUAACAGUAAAAUCAUAACAGCUUGC